GAAGUAUCCUGUUGGGAUGACAGUCAUGAAAUACUUGGUCUGUACAAGACAGAUUCUUGUGAUACUUUUGAGUUUUGCAUUGUUAAUAGUGUAGCAUGUAUAGCAUGUGAGCAAAAAGAACAGAUAUCUAUAGUUGCUUUUCAUGUUGUUUUCAUUUUCAUUUGUUGGCAUUUUGUAAUACUCCUCGAUGAGGAACAAAAAUUCAAAGCUGCAUAUGCUAUUUUUGAAGAUUUGGAACCCUGUGGAUUCUGGUUUUACAUAAGUGAAUUCAGAAAAAUGUUUUCUAUUUUUAUAUUUGAAAUUAUGG